GCGCCGAGCUUGAUUCACCUUCACCCCUGCGGCGCGUCCGCCGAGCCUCAGGCGAAUCCCGGCGAGCAGUAAACCAUGAACGGGAGAGUGGAUUAUUUGGUCACGGAGGAAGAAAUCAGUCUUACUAGAGGACCCUUAGGGCUGGGCUUCAACAUCGUCGGUGGGACAGAUCAGCAGUAUGUCUCCAAUGACAGUGGCAUCUACGUCAGCCGAAUCAAAGAGAAUGGGGCUGCAGCCCAGGAUGGGCGGCUCCAGGAGGGUGAUAAGAUCCUCUCGGUAAAUGGCCAAGACCUAAAGAACCUACUGCACCAGGAUGCUGUGGACCUCUUUCGUAAUGCAGGCUAUGCUGUGUCCCUGAGAGUACAGCACCGGUUACAGGUGCAGAAUGGACCUAUAGGACAUCGAGGUGAAGGGGAGCCAAAUAGUAUUCCUGUAGCUGUGAUGCUGUUGCCAGUGUUUGCUCUCACUAUGGUAGCAGCCUGGGCCUUCAUGAAAUACCGACAACAGCUUUGAAAGACUUGCUUCCUGCCAGUGCUCCCAGUGAACUUAUGCUUCUCUUACCCUCCUUCCCUGCUGUUCUUCCAUAUCUUUCCCCCUUCUCUGCAUAACCAACACAUUAUUGAAAGUGACUUGAUUCCUACCUAGAACCUUGCUGUUCAAAUCUCCAAAUGUUUAUAUUCUGAUGGGAGAGUAAAGAUAUUCUUUGAAGGAAAGCUGAACAUAAGCUAAGACUUGUUUAGAACAAAUGAGGAAUUACAUAUUUUAAUAGGACUGCCAAUAAAAAUUCAGCUACUAUCCAAAGUGGGAACGAUCCCGUCUUCCUGCCACCAUGGAUUACACAGUUGUUCUUAACUGGCAUAGAAGGCCAGAUUAUUACAUGAGAGGAAGAGGAUUUUUUACUUAAUGAUCUUCCUUGGGAAGUGUUUGUGGCCUUUAUUAAUACUUUCUAACUACGUUCUUGAGUGCCUAUAUUGGACACAGGAGAAUAAGAAGAGCUUUUUACUUUUUAAAAAAGCAAAUGACAAGGUAUACAUACACACAUUUGUAUGUGACAGUAUAAUAUUGAUGCCUUAUGGAGAAUUAAAGAGGUGAGGAAACUGCUUUGGUUUCUGAUCUAAGAGGUGAUCCUAACUGAAGAACUUUUAAAGAUCUGUUUUGUAGAGCAUACAUAGUGGGGAUGAGGGAGCUUUUAAGAGGGUGCUCAAGAGUCAGAAAGGUAAUUAGCAGAACAUUUUUUUCAUAAUACCUAUGAUGAUAUUGAGGUAAAUUAUAAAAUAGCUCUGUUCAAUUUGAUUAUUCAAAAAACUUUGAGCUAUUCAGAUAAAUUUUGUCAAGCUCUGUGCUACCUGAUGGCUUUUGUGCUGCCUCAUUGUGACAGGAUACCCUAGUGCUGAGAUGGCUAUGGCCAGGGCUGAAGUAAUGGGGCCAAACCAAACCAGCAGACAACAAAAGAAAAGACUGAGCCUCAGGUGGCAUCUGAAUCCCUGUAGGCUUCUGACCAUUCUCUGAUUUCGAGCAGGAUAGAGAAGAAAUCAGCUCUGCUUCUCAGUUAAGCUGAAAAGGCCUGGAUUACUAUUUUUUCAAAGGCUCUAAAUACUAGUUAUGGUUUUUAUUACUUAGUGAAUAAACUUGUUUUUC